GGGUGGCGCUAUGAUCGAAUGGCUACUGACGGCUUGGACAGGCUACAUUCUUUUCCUUGCUUCUUAGGCUAGGCAUGUCAGCCUCAUCCAGUCGUAAACCUGAUGAGAUCGUCUUCUGCGACCCGUCACGCAAGGGCGCACAGUCAAAUCCGACACUGAAAGCUCAGAAAAAAGCGUUCAUGUCAUCCAGGAUAGCAAAAGUCACGACCGACAUUGUUGCAGAUGCGGCACAAGCAGCAGCAGACGAGAAAAAUGACGAUGAAUUCACACACGCACAAAAUGAUGCCAUACUUCAUCGCUUACUUCACACGAAGCUACUUUCCGGCUCACUGAACCCCGAAUUGAACCUCACGCACGCUCAACGAGAAAAAGCGCUUGCGGGGCGUGUCCUGGAGCUUUCCGGCCACGCAUCUCUAGGCGCAGGUGAAAAAGCUACUCGCAAAAGGGAGCACAAUAACGCUGCAAAGCACGUACGGGACGGGCUUCAAAGGAAGAAGAAAGAGCGAGAGAAGCAAGAUCUGGAAGAGGCCAAGAACUUGGGGAACUAUCACCCAAGUCUGAAGAAGGUGCUGGACCCUGACUCGAAGCCGUCGCGUGCAAAGAGAGAGAGGGGGCUCAAGAUGGGAGUUGGUAGAUUCAGUGGAGGGAUUUUAAAAAUCAGCAAGAAGGAUCUUGGGGCCAUUAGAGGCGGAUGAAUAGCUGCGUGUCUAUUGAUGGGAGUCCUUGGAUCACCGAGCUAUGAUAUCUGGAUAUGCGAUGUCCAACUUUUUCGACACCUGAUUUAUGGCCGCAAAGUAAGCAUCGCCCGGAAGCCCCGUGUCUCAUUUGCACAGUACAUUAGCUAGUCUCGUCAGUAUGUACCGUCGUGAUGCAUACGCGUUGAGCGAUACAAUAAGUUGUGGUGGAUAGAGGACCUGCUUUU